AUGUGGAUUGUUAAGCAAGGCUUCUUUGCGGGAGCCGGCGGAGCAAACGACAAUAAGGAUGCCGCAAACUAUUCGCCGGCAAGAGAGCCAUCUGCCUGCACCGUUGGUGCCGCAGAGAGCGACAACCAGAAGGCGAGCUACUCCAACUGGGGAUCUAUAGUUGACAUCCAGCCGCCGGGAUCGCAAAUUCUUUCCGCAAUCCCUAAUGGAGAGAGCAAGGCUUGGUCGGGAACAUCUAUGGCUUGUCCUCACGUCGUUGGUGUAGCAGCCCUGUUGAUUUCCGCUGACGAAGCGAAAGGUGCCGACGCAUGCGAUAAAAUGAAGAAGAUGGCCUUGAAAGAUAUUAUUCAAGGGAUUCCUAGCGGUACAACUAAGGAUUUACUCUUCAAUGACAAUCCAGGAGCCAAGUAG